GCGUGCGCUAAUCAAAUAGUUGCAUUGUGGGACUUUUUACGGAAGUCUGCUCUUUGUCGUCUGUGAAGUUUCAUUGGAAUAGGUAAGAAAGGAAACAAUACAUAAUGGAGUCAACAAAAACAGUAAAGAAGUCCAGUUUUAAACGACCUGCAUUUACAGCACCGACAGUAAAGGCAAACGGGCAAGAGAUUCCAGCUCAAGAAAAGGAUAAUAAAAAUAAAGAUCAUAUGCACAAAAUAAAGGACAUUCAGAAAGCAGAAGGCGCUGGUCUCCCAACUGCAGAGGGGGCCGACUGCGCGAGUGAUGAUGACAAUCAGGUGGUGCCAGACCAACCACAAGUCUCUGCACAGGGGGACGCUGCUCUUGCAGCAAGUCAGCAAAAGACAAAACAUGCAAACAGGAAAGAGUUUAAAGUCACAACAAAAGCACCUGCAUCAUUGACAAAGAUACCAAAAGAGGAAUCUUCUGAAACUUCAAAUGAGAAAAACACAAAGGAGAAGACACCUAAAGAGAUACCAAAAGAGGAAUCUUCUGAAACUUCAAAUGAGAAAAGAACAAAGGAGAAGACACCUAAAGAGAGCAAACCAUUUAAAUCUUUGACUGAUGAGGAGUACGAUGAAAUAUUUUCAGCAGUGUUUGAAUAUGUUGAAAAUCUCAACAUGGAUGAAUGGAAACCAAAAUUAACAUCACCAGAGAAAGUGAGAAAACUUAAAAAGAAGAAAUUCAGCAUAACUGUGGGGAAAAAUGCAGAGACUGAGAAAGAUACAAGUGGCUGUGACCAAUCUGUGAAAACAUCAAGUAAUGAUGACAAAGAUAAAUCACUGAAGAAAAUUGAGAGUUAUAAAAAGGAUGAUAAGCCUAAAAAAGUCACCCAGAACAUCAACAGUGGUACAGAAAAGAUAAAAGAUGACGACAAGCCAAAGAAAAAGAAAGCAAAACAAAGACAAAAAGAUCAAAUAAAAGCUGUUAGUGUGCAAAAACAAGUUGAGCCUGACAAUUGCAGUGACAAACCCAAUGAUGUAAGUGUGCAAAAACAAGUUGGGCCAGACAAUUGCAGUGACAAACCCAAUGAUGUAAGUGUGCAAGAACAGGUUGAGCCUGAUGAUAGCAGUGACAAACCCGAUGAUGACGAUUUAGAAAAUGUAAAAGAAAUAGAUAUUUUUGAGGAUGAUGAUCAAAGCAUUGCAUCAGAGGAACAGAAUAAUGUAGAAGUGGAUAUAAACAGAAAUGAAGUUCAACUAAAGAAUGAGUGUACCCCAGUUGCAUGUGUAGCUGAUACAGAUGCAUUACCAGUUGUUCACAAGAAGACAAAGAAAAUAAAAAAACAAGAACAUCUAGAGCCCAGGAAAUUGCCUUUCCAAAACCCUUCAGCUACAGUUUCAAUGGUGGAUCAAAUUAAACAAAUUAAAGCAAAUAAGGUUAAGGCGAGUCAGAAAGCACCAAAGUUAGAUGAUGAAAGCCAAGUACCCACUAAAAAGUCAAAACUUGAAGAGAACAAAAUUAAGAAGAGAAAGCCAGAAGACAGCAGCAAAACAAGAGAAUUCAAAAACAAUUCUUCAACAAAGAAGAUCAGUAAAAAAAAGAAAAUGAUGGAAAGAGAUCUUAACCUUGCAGGGACCUGGGUUCAGUGCUGCAGUAGUUCAUGCCAGAAGUGGCGACACCUGCCUGAGGUCAAUGAUCCAACCUGUGUACCGGAAAACUGGACUUGCUCCAUGAAUACACGUGAGGAGUACAACAGCUGCAGCAAGCCAGAGGAGAGUUAUGAUGAGAGCAAUCACAUCUACACCAAGGUCACUGAGGGAUCUGUGGUCUGGGCAAAAAUGACCGGAUAUCCAUGGUGGCCAGCCAUGGUGGAGAUUGACCCUGAUGCAGAAACGUAUUUCUCUUUGGAAGAGGAGGAUUCAAUGACACCAUCCCACUAUCAUGUGGUUUUCUUUGAUGACCGUGUGUCAAGAUGUUGGGUGAGAGCCCAGCAUGUCUUGCAGUUCUCUGCAGAUGACCAGGAUAUCUCAUAUACAAUCCCAAAGAAGUUCCAGAAAGAGGUUGCUGCAGCCAAAAAGAAUGCAUUAAGGGCCUUGAGCUGUACUCUUAAGGAACGCAUAGAGUUGUUUGGCUUUGCAGCUAGAUUCAAGGGUACAUGGGAACACAAGCUUCUCAAAGGUAAACCUAAAACAGCAAAGAAAACCACCACUUCUGCCACUGUUAGUCUCUCAGCUAAUGAAGAUCUAGACGAGACAACCAUUGAUGAUGUCCUGGACAAUGCUGAUGAGAUACUGGAUAAUGUGGAGGAGAUGCUAGAAUCCAUUGACAGUCAACUGGAUGAUUCUGAAGAUGAUCCUGAGUUUGCCCCCAAUGAGCUUGUUGUAGUUGAGAGAAAAAGAAGGCAAACAGGUAGAAAUAUGAAUGCAGAAUCAAAGAAAGCAAAAAUGUCAAGCCCGAAGAAAGCAGAAAAUGAAAAUGAUAGUGACAGUGAUGGCUGUGACCAUGUAAGUAAUUUUAAUUCUGAUGACAGAGUAAAAGAAAAAAGUCCUGCAAAGAAAAUCAAGUUUGACCCCGAAAUAUUUACAAUGGAAAUGGAUCAUGAAAGUGAAAGUGAAGCUCCUGCAGUGUUAACUUCUGAAAGCACUACAAAUAAAGUUGUUAAUUCCAAGAAAAAGUCAUCAACUGGAACAAAGAAGACGUCUUUAAAUAAAAAAGCUGAGCCUCAAAGUUGUGUUUUUGAUCAAUCUGAGUUAAGCUCAAUGAACAUUAAAGCUGCCGAAGAGGAUAGAACAGAAAACAAAGAGAAAACGUCCACAGUCAGUGAAAAUGUGACUUCCAAAAAAAUGGAAGUAUCAUCUGAAAAAGAAUUGGUACAAGGAAAAUGUGAUGAAUUUACCAAUGUUACUCAAGAUUCAGAGGAAAACAUUGAUGAUGAAGAUGAAAUGGAUCUCUUUGGUUUACAGACACUAGAGAAGGUAACAACCCCAGUACAACUUCAAGAAAUGAAUUUCCGUAAAGAUUCAGACAGUGAAUUAGAUCUAGAUGACGAGUCCAUGUAUGAUGACAAUACAGGGGACAGCAAGCUGCGAGAGAGGAGUGACCUGUAUGUGCCCAUAGUUGUACACAAUGAGAUACCCACAACGGUGCCAGAUGAUGGAAAUGACAGCGACCCUUUCGAUCUUAUUGAGGAGUGAGGGAUAUUGGAGCUACUGAUUGUGUUCUGGUUGUGAACAACAUUUUUUUACUUUUUGAUUUCAUAAAAGAAAUGUUGAUAUAAAUGUUAUUGGUUGUGUUACUGUGUAAACAAAUUUGGGCUUUUUCCAUUUUAUCCUGUUAAUGAUUAAUGACUCUCAGAGUUUAAUUCCAUUGGGUACAAAUGUGCGUUGUUUCGUUUGAUGUGAUGCAGAAAUAAGUUUCAUGUAUUAAAGGUCCCACUUGUAACCUUUCCUGACUUCAGUGAUAUCAUUUUUGGUCAGAUUUCGUGUACAAGUGUGCAUUUUUUGUUAGUGGGGUUUUAUUGACAUAUUAUACGUUGAAAUUUGAGCUGUGAUAUUGAAUAUUCAUAUAUCAUUUGUUGAGUUUAUAUAUAGACAUAUUAUACAAUAUUAUAUAUUUUGUCCAAUGAAGCCUUAUUGUUAAGACAUUUAACUAUAAGAACAUUAUACUUCAGGGUUGCUACAAAUUUAUAUUUAUGAUAUACCCAUGCAUAUUUUUUUAACCCAUUUGUUUAAAUAUGUCUGUGAUUCUUGUUAAAUAGUAUGCUUCUUUUGAAAAUAAUACAUUCAUUUAAAUACCUAGUUUAUGAAUUUUACAUGUUAACUUGUUAGUCAUCAAAACGUGUUAGUCAUUAAAAAUGUGGUUCAGA